GCACCGUUGCAUUUUGGCGCUCAAAGUAUCACUUUACGUCUCUCUCUCUCUCUCUUCUUAGCAUGGAUGAGUUACGGCUCUUUCCUCGACACUGAGGUCUUCAGGGUAAGUGUUAUGCCCACCAAAUUUCUAUUGUGAUAAUUUUACGUUUUUUUUUCUCGCAAUUGUUAUUUCUUAUCCCUCUUGAAAACUGCGCAGUGAAACGUUGCAUUCCACGUGCUCGAUUUCAAUGCCUAAUUAUUUGUGUUUGGUAAAAUUUGUGCACAGCCUCAUACUAUUGUAAAACAAAUCUGUUUUCCCAAUGGCAAUGUAUUGUUUUUGUCAUUGUUUUCUCUAUCCAAGAACUGAUUGCAUAAUGUAGUAUGGGGCUGUGCGGAAAUUUUACCUUUGUGUUUAUCAGAUUGUUUAUCUAACGUUUUUUCAAAGUACUUCAUAUUAGCGGUUCUACAUUUUAAAUGUAGAUAUGUCAAUAAGCGAUUUCUAGCAAGAAGGAUGUAGCGCCUUGAAGGGCAAGAUUUCCGCACAGCCCACUGAUUCUGCGUUUGUCCACAAAGUUCUUGCAUAACGGAAACGCACUGGCAAAAAUAGUAGAUUGCCUUUGGAACUCCUUUACGGCUUUGUUUCAGAAUAUUCUGGGGCUAUGCAAAAAUCUUUCCUCUUUUCGUACAAACGCUAAGGAGAGAUGUUGUCUUCGAGCAUAUUCUACGUCAAAAUUGCUUUGCCAGCGUUAUAACUAACGGUUCGGCUUAACUAUUGUGUUAAUCCAAGUGAAUGAUCAAUUUUCAGUCCCCUGGGUUAAAGCCCACCUGUGUUAGCUAAGAGAUUGUCUGUUAUAUCAGCUAACUUCUAACAUCUGUUAUAUCAGCUAACGUUAUGUCCUGGCAAUUACUGUGGGAAUUGCAAAGGUGAGACUUAAUGAAAUUUACCUCAACUCAGCUAGGAUCCUUGAAAAGAAUUUGCCUGGGAUUGUGAGGCUAUUUCAUGUAUAUCUGACCUUCAAAAUGCUCUUACUGGAAGAAGUUUCCAUUUAUUGAAACAAUCUUUCCCUUUCACUGAUUAAAUUGUUUUAAAUCACAUACACAUUGUAAAACUCAGGCUAGACAUACAAUGUUAUAGUCUACUGACCAAAAACUACUCUUUUUCAUUAUAAAUAUGUGCAUGAGUAAUGAUAAUAAUAAUAAUAAUAAUAAUAAUAAUAAUAAUAAUAAUAAUAAUAAUAAUAAUAAUAAUAAUAAUAAUAACAAUAACAAUCAAAACUAUAACAAAAUUCUCAAACAUGGUUGGUUAGCACCAGUCCUAUUUGAGUACCAAUAGGUCAUGCCUGUGUUUGUGUCACAUGUGUGCUGUUGUUGCACUUUUUGCUAAGUUAUCUGUUGUUUUCUAUGAAAAGGUAUAACCAAGGGCUAGUUUGUUUCUAGAAUGUUGUCAUAGUUUUGAUUAAUUGGUAACAGGACUUCAAGCUGUCCAAUUCUGUCUCUAAUCAUACUUGUGAUUAACAAAUUUGUCAUUCACUUCAAAUUCGUCAUGGAUUUUUUGGUAUCACUUUCACAACUAGACUUCAUCAGACCCCACUCAGUCCUAUCAUCAUUAUACUUAUAAUGAUAACCAAAGUGAUAACAAUAAUGAUGAGAUACUUGAGGUUAAGUGAAUUUUCUACAGAUGUUCCAUGUGUUCCCUCGAUGAAAUGAGUAAAAUCUUAGGAACUUUUUAGUUGUAAAUAUAUAGAACUAAAUUUGUGAAUGAUGGUGUAAGAAAGAAUUUGUUUUUAGAUCAUGUUUUAAAAUGUAACUUAAUUUAUUUACUUGAAUAAGCACCUCCCCCCUGAAUAUGUGCAGCACUUAUUCUAUUAAUUUUUUCUGUCAUGAGCUGCAAUGACUCAUGCACAUUCUGAUAUCUUAAGGCAAUUAGAAGCAAAUCGUCUUGAUUUGGAAAGUGACAACAGGCUGACUGCUCCUCGAAAAAGACGGAGAGGUAUGUAAAUGUAUGUGCAUUGUUAUAAAGCCUGGAACUUUUGUAGUAGGGUUAAUCUGUGGGUUUCUUGUUAGUUUUCACAAGCAACAGUUUGAAUCUCAGUUGGAGGUGUAUGUUUGGACCUUGUGACAAACAAAAUUUAAAAAAUUUUCUAGAUUUAGUUGUACUUGUGAAUGUGGAGACAACAAUUAUUUUGAUCAAAUUUUUGUAAGAUUUCCUGUAAGAAAAAACCUAAAUUAUGCCUCACAGAGUUGUAAAUGUAUAACUGAUCAUUUUCCUAAACUAAUGGGGCUAAAAGAAGUUUUGAAGAGUUAACCCUUUAACUCCCAGAUCAAAUUUGUAAUUCUUCUUACUGUCAGUAAUACAAUUCUUAUAAUGUCACUUCAGAGAAUUAAGUAUUGGAUCAACUAAUUAUCUCCAAAUUGAUUUUUUCUUUCAUUCUCAUCAAUUAUUUGGUUGAUAUUGUAUUGAUAAUGUAAGGAGAAAUUCUGUCUUGGUCACUCAUGGGAGUUAAAGGGUUAACACUUAAGGCUAGAUAAUCUGACUGGUAAUCCUUCACAUAAAUAAAUAGUAGUCAGGACCAUGUAAGGGUCUCAUUUAUCAGCCAUUUUACUGGUGUUGUGUCCUACUUCCUCUUUGUCAAAGAUUUGUCAAAUACUCUCUCAUGUGGUCAAAUCAAACUAGUCUGAAUUUGUUCUGACCCAAAAUUACUACUGUAUUACUACAUUCACUUUUUAUCUGAAAGUUUAGUUUCUUUUGUACUUAGUGGGUCUGGAAUCUAGUGAUUCCGAGAGCUCAAGUCCAGAGACAGAUGACUCAGUUUCCAGAUCUGAUGGGAGCUCAGACACAAACACAGACAGUUACACAGAGGAAGAGGACUUUGGUCUUAUAGAGGAGAAACCUAUUCUAGCCAAACAAAAAGGUAGAGCUGUGUAUAUUUACAUAUAUAUAAUGUACAUGUUGCUUACAAAGGCAUGUCAUCACAAUCAGUUUGUUUAAGCAUGCUUCACAAUCCAAUCAUUCUUUAACUACACUCAAAGGCAUUAUGAAAGCAAAAAAUUAAUGCCAAUUUGCUUUAAUAUUUUUUAAUUCUGGGAGAGUUUUGGUGUAACCUUUGUUGUAGAUUUCUGAGUUUAAAAUGUCAUUGAAAUUAAUACUAAAUGCAUCUUUUACGUCAAAAGGGUUUUGUUGCUGGCUAAGUCUAUUUAAGAGUAAAAGACCUAUAUACAAUGAAAACUAAUGAAAAAGCUCAAUUAUGGUACCAGAGACACAUAAUUUGCCUCCUAAAUUUCACCUGAACCUUUUGAAAUAACUUUUGUAAUUCACUCCAAAGUAUGAAUUAUUUGUUUAUCAAGAGUCAGUUAGAGUCUGUUACAGUUCCUAAGGGCUGUAGAUAAAAACUUCACUAUUUUGGAAAUUUAGCCUGAAGGUAGAAGAAGAAAAAACUGGUGUAAGGCUAAGUGCAUGUUUGUGCUACAUGUACACAUAACUACCUGCUCUCUUGCACCAAGACCCAUGUGAAAGAUAUGCUCUUAGAACUCUGAUAUAUGCUCUCAAAAGCUUUCAAAAAGCAAGUUUUACAUUAAUUGUACAAUGACAUAAAUAAGUUGCCUCACCUCUGGUACCAGGGCUCUAUAAGAACAUGGUCAUGCUUUUGUGGGUAGUUAAUGCAUAGUGCUAAUUUCCAGAUUUUAUUUCAGAAUUAACUUCCAAUUUAAUCAUAAAGUACUUUGAAUAGUCAAUUUUGCAUGUGCACAAUUAGAUGCCAUUUUACAAGAAUGUGGCUGAGAGUGCCUUUCUCAGUAAUAAUUUGUUAUACUAACCUUGCUAGGUCUCUUGUCUCUUUUGUAACAAAGUUAACCUUAGCUUUUACCCUCAAACAACUCUGAAAUGGACUAUUCUCAAACACAACGAACCUUACAAGUCCAUUAGUUUUCUUUUUUAAGUAUGUGAGACAUUGUAAGCACUGAACUCUUGUGAACCUUAUCUAUUCAAGUUUCCAAGAACACCAAAAAGCAGACUGCUAAAGCUUCCAACACAACAAAUAAAAUGGAGAAGAAUGAAAAAGGUAACAAUUUUUGUGACAUCGUUUAUGGCUUGUUCCAGGCUCAGAUGGUCAUUGCAUGUGGGUUCAUGAAGAAGUAAUUGCAGUUUUAAGACGGAACACCAACUGACUUACCUCAGUAUAAUAGCACAUAUUCAAAUUAUCAGUGCAUGCAUGCCUGUUCUUGGCUUUGUCUUACAUUAUGAAGCAAAAGUAUUUUGGAGUUACGACAUUUGAAUAACAAGCACAAUGUUGCCAUUCUUGUGUGAAGAGCUCAUUACAAAAAAGUCACAGAGGUAAUAUCAUUGGUAAUGAGAGAAACAGUUUCUUUAGUUAUGUGUAGUUUCUGUUUUUGUGUGUGUGUGUGUGUUUUUUUUUUACCUAGUUUGAUGUUGUGUUUUUAUAUUCAGCUAUGUGCCAUUAUUUAAUUAUGCUGGACUAUUUUUUAAGGUGCAUCUGAGGAAAUUCCGGCUAAAAAACCAAGGAAAAGAAAGAUUAGCAAGGAGAAUACAGGGAAAGGUAACUUAUUUAUAAAGAUCAGCACUAUUAGAUAACUUCAAGUCAGAUUAAAUCCUUGUAUAGGACUUUGUCUAUAAUGGUAAUUGAACUGAGUGGAGUGCAAUUUGGGCUGAAAUAAUACGUGUGAUUUCAAAAUCAAUUGAGCGCAUAGCACGAGUUCAAAUUGAAAUCACAAGUAUGAUUUCCAACCAAAAUUGCACGACACAAGGUUCAAUUACCAUUUUAUUGCAUCCAUUUUGAAAUCACCCAAAUACAGGACUUGGUCACUUAAAAUAUUUUAUUGAUGCAGUACUGAGCCAGUUUGAAAUUAAAUUUAUCCAUUUUGGGGGGGGUGGGGGGGGAGUAAGAGUUUUGGAAACAAAAGUAGCAAAAUUUGCCAUACAGUACUCUUUGUCUAUCAUUUUCUUGCAAUUUUAUUGGUUACUUUAAACAAGCCUUGAAAUCUGAUUGGUUGUUUUGUUUUUAGUGUGGCCUGCUCAUUGGCUGGGAAAAAGAUGUGAUUUAAAGCAAAAAAUGGUGUGAUUCAUGAAUAAAUUGCACCAAUUAGAGCCAAUCAGAUUACAGGCACCACCAGUGAUUUCAAAAUGGGUGUAAUAAUAUUUAAUAAUGUUGCUUCCAGAUUCCUAAAAAAUGCAAAUGGGGGUAGUUGUAAGACAGGAGCUAAUGGUCAACAAGUUGUCAACAGCAUAUAGGAGAUAUCUUUAGCAGGCAUGUUUUGCUGACUUACAUUGCAUUAUAUUAGAGAUGAAGUUUUACACAAAAUUGAUAGGGAGAAUAAAUUCUGCAUCAUUUUAGGAGAUUUUAAUCUUGAUAUUCUUAAACUGGAUUCUCACCCAGAUACAGAAGGUUUUUUAAAUAUUUUGGGGUCCUUCAGCUUUCAACCUCAUAUUUUACAACCUACUUGAAUUACUGACCACUCGAAAAAUCUAAUUGACAACAUUUUCUUCAAUUCUUGGAAGUGGGAAUAUUGUUUAUGAUGUUACUGAUCACCUACCUAAUUUUCUUAUUAUUCAAAAAUUCACUUCUUUACCUAUCAAUGUAAAAAAUUGCAAGCAGUUUGGUUACUUGGUUGAGUGCUAACAAACUUUCACUUAAUAUUGAUUAGUCGAACUUUGUCAUUUUCCACCCUCCACAAAGAAAGUUACCCUUUCAUGUCACACUCUCUUUAAAUGACAUUUACUCAAACCAAGAGUACUCAAUAAACAUCUAGGUAUUAUAAUAGAUUCUAAUUUAUCUUGGAAAAGUCAAGUAAGCUAUAUUUCUGAAAAGAUUAAGACAUUGUAAGCACUGAACUCUUGUAAACCUUAUCUAUUCAAGUUUCCAAGAACACCACCACCAAAAAGCAGACUGCUAAAGCUUCCAAUACAACAAAUAAAAAGGAGAAGAAUAAAAAAGGUAAAAACUUUUGACACAUCACUUAGGGCUUGUCUCAGGCUCAGUGGAAACAAAAGGAGAGCACUGAAGGCCGCUAUUUGUAUAUUUACUUUCUCUAUGCACUGACCUUUCCUAGGUCCUAGUUUGUUACUUUUUUAAGAAAUAAUGGUCAUUAAUUGAUUUAAUACUUCAGUGGAAUAAAUCUUGAGAUGAGUGAUUUUCUUUAUUCAUUGCAUGUGGGUUCAUGAAGAAAUAAAGCAAUUGCAGUUUUAAGAUGGAACACCAACUGACUUAGUUCAGUAAUAGCAUGUUGUCAAAUUAUUAGUGCAUGCAUGCCUGUUCUUGGUUUUGUUCUUCAUUAUAAAGGAAAAGUUUGUUGGAGGUAUGACAUUUGAAUAACAAGCACAAUGUUGCCAUUCUUGUGUGAAGAGUUCAUUGAAAAAUCACGGAGAUAAUAAUAUUAUUAUUGAAAAUGAGAGAAACAGUUUCUUUAGUUAUGUUUAGUCUCUGUUUUUGUUUUUUUAUAUCACCUAGUUUGAUGUUGUGUUUUUAUAUUCAGCUGUGUGCCGUUAUUUAAUUAUGCUGGACUAUUUUUAAGGUGCAUCUGAGGAAAUUCCUGCUAAAAAACCAAGAACUCAACCUAUUAAAAAAAAGAGUAGCAAGGAUAAUACAGGGAAAGGUAACUUAUUGAUAAAAAUAAGCAUUAUUAUAUAGUGUAGCUUCAAGAUUAAUUCCUUGUAUAGGAUCUUGUGAAUAUAUGUAAUUAUGUUGCUUCCAAAUUCUUAAAAAAGCAAAUGGGGGGAGGUGGGGUAGUUUUAAGACAAGAACCAAUUGUCAACAAGUCAUCCAUAGCAUAUAGAAGAAAUCUUUAGCAGACAUGUUUUUCUGACUUACUUACAUUGCAUUGUAUUAGAGACAAAGUUUUACAAGUGAAGUACAGGUAAUUGACUUUGGCUUUUCUUUGACUUUGUUUGGUCUCCUAUAAAAGCUCUGAGAGAAGUUGUCCUUUUUUUUUAAACAGACCUAUCAAAGAGCUUUUUAAUCACAUCUACUGGUACUAAUUUUGCCUUAACUAUCACAAUUAAAUGUUUAUAAUCCCAGUUACCUGUCAAGAAACACUUACUAAAACUGCAAGACCUCAAGCUUUGAAAACAAGCAGUGAUUGGGGGAAUGAUAUUGGAGGUGUGUAAUAUACAUAUACUUAUCAAUAAUAUACCUAUAUUUCUUGAGUGUAUUCGCAGAUUCUUGCUUGCUUUUCUUCAGAGACAACCACUGUCCAGCUCCCCUAUAUAGUUUGUUGAAUAAAAAACAUGAUUUCAUAUAUAGUUUCUUCUUACUAUACUUGGAAGUUUUGAGAGUUGUGUAUUAGGUUUGUUUAUUUUUUUUUUUACAAAUCUUUAUAAUUAUACAGUCACAUUUCAAGAAACACUCGCCAAAAUUGCAGAACCUCAAGUUUUGGAAACAAGCAGUGACUGGGGGAAUGAUACAGGAGGUGACUAAUAAACAUAUACUCAUCAAUAAUAUACCUGCAUUUCUUGAGUGUGUCUGCAGAUUUUUGUUUGCUUUACCUCAGAGACAACCAUUGUCUGCAUUUCCUUAUGUAGUUUUUUUUAAUUAAAAAAAAUCAUUUCAUGUAUAGUUUUUACCUACUAUAGUUGAAGGUUUUGAGAGUAGUGUAUUAGGUUUUUUAUUUAUUUGUUUAUUUAUUUAUUUAUUUUACAUAUCUUUAUAAUUACAGUUUCCUUUGGAGAAACAUUCACCAAAACUGCAGAACCCCAAGUUUUGGGAAAAAGCAGUGACUGGGGAAAUGAUGUAGGAGGUGACUAAAUUACAUAUCUUUUUCAACAACAUACCUGCAUUUCUUGAGUGCAUUAGCAGAUUCUUGUUUGCCUUAUGUCAGAGAAGACCCAUGUGCUGGUUCCCUUAUAUAGUUUUGUUGAUUUCAUGUAUAUUUCAGGUUUUGAGAGUGGUGUAUUGUGUUUGUUCAUUUGUUUUUUUUUUUUUCCUUCCCCUUGAGUAAUCCACUAACUUUAGAGGUUUUUUAAUUAUAUUAUUGUCUACUAACUCAGCUCUUUCUAACACUUCUGAAUAUAAAAUCCAGAUGCAUCUGUACCAACAGCCAACAAUAAAAAAGGGAAAGCUAGUGAACCAAAACACAGCCAAAAGAAGGGUAAGUAAUCAAACAUCCAUCCAGUAAAGGAAGGGAAAACUUGAGAGUUUGUGAACAAAAUUUGUCAAAUUAUGGCUGUUUUGUUGAAUAUCAAGAAAGUAAAAAUAUCAUGACUUACUGGCUUGUGUGAUUGGAUAUUAUCCCUGAGAGACAACUUGGUUUUGAUGAAUCACUUGUUUAUCAAGAAUGAGUUACAGUCUCUAAUAGUUCCUAAGAAGAGCUGCAAAUGAAAAAUUAACUAUUUUGGAAAUUUAGCCUUAAGAUAGAAGAGGAACAAACUGGUGUAACACUAAGUGCAUGUUUGUGUUACAUGUACACAUAGCUUCCUGCUCCCUCUCACACCAGGACCCAUGUGAAAGAUAUGCUCUUAGAGCUCCAAUAUAUGCUCUCAAAAGCUUUCAAAAAGCAAGUUUUACAUGAAUUGUACAAUGGCUUAAGUUGGUUAUCUUGCCCGUGAUUCACAAGAAGAUUGUCAUGCUUUUGUGGGUAGUUGAUGCAGAGUACUAAUUUCCAGAUUUAUUUCAGAAUUAACUUCCAAUAUAUUUAUAAAGUACUUUGAAUGUACUUUUAAAAUAACAAGAAUGUGGUUGAGUGCCUUUCUUAGUAAUAAUUUGUCAUAUUAACCCUGCCACAUCUCUUGUCUCUUUUGUGUUAAAGGUAACCUUAGCUUUUACACUCAGACAACUGUGAAAUAGACCAUUCUCAAACACAAUGAGCCUUAAAAGACCAUCAGUGAGUUGUAUCAACUGAAGUAAGUUUUCUUUUUUAAGUAUGUGAGACAUUGUAAGCACUGAACUCUUGUGAACCUUAUCUAUUCAAGUUUCCAAGAACACCACCACCAAAAAGCAGACAGCUAAAGCUUCCAACACAACAAAUAAAAAGGGGAAGAAUGAAAAAGGUAACAACCUUUGACACAUCACUUAUGGCUUGUUCCAGGCUCAGAUGGUCAGUGGAGACAAAAAGAGAGCACUGAGGGCUAAUAUUUGCAUGCUUACUUUCCCCAUGCACUGACCAAGAGCCUGGAAAAGGCUAGUUCCUUUUUUAAAAAAUUAUAGUUUUUAAAUACUGUUAGUAAUAAUUCAAUAGAAUAAAUUAAUAGAUGAGUUAUUUUCUUUAUUCAUUGCAUGUGGGUACAUGAAGAAGUAAGCAAUUACAGUUUUAAGAUGGAACACCUACUGAAUUUGUUUGGUGAUAGCAUAUAGUCAUAUCGUUAUAGUGCAUGCAUGCUUACUCUUGGAUUUAUUUUGACAUUAUGAAGGAAAAGUUUGUUUAGUUAUGAUAUGUGAAUAACAAGCACAAUGUUGGCAUUCUUGUGUGAAGAGCUCAUUAAAAAAAUCACAGAGAUAAUAUUACUGAUAAUGAGACAAGCAUUUUCUUUAGUUAUGUGCAGUUUUUGUGCUUAUUUUUUUAUCACCUAGUUUGAUUUUCUGUUUUUAUAUUCAGCUGUGUGCCAUUAGUUAAUUAUGCUGGACUAUUUUUAAGGUGCAUCUGAGGAAAUUCCUGCUAAAAAACCAAGAACUCAACCUAUUAAAAGAAAGAGUAGCAAGGAUAAUACAGGGAAAGGUAACUUUUUAAUGAUAAAAAUAAGCAUUAUUUUAUAGUUUAGCUUCAAUUAAGUCAGAUAAAAUCCUUGUAUAUAGGAUCCUAUAUAUAUAUAUAUAUAUAUAUAUAUAAAUAAAUGUGGGGUUAGAGUCUACCUUGGCAUAAAGUGCUCAAUGCUGUGGUAGCAGAGCUAAGUAUACAUAAAAUAAAUAAUUAAAGAGGAUGCAUCGAUUCUCUGUGACUCUGAGUUUCGCACCUAAGCACUUGUCGGACAGAACUUUAUUCAAUGAAGAACAUACCUUCCUAAUGUUCUUCAUUGAAUAAAGUUCUGUCUGACAAGCCCUUAGGCACAAAACUCAGAGUCGCAGAGAAUUGAUGCAUCCUGUUUAAUUCUUUAACAGUAUUUUUUACACAAAUCUUUACAAUUACAGUUACCUUUCAAAAAACACUCACCAAAACUGCAAAACCUCAAGUUUUGGAAACAAGCGGUGACUGGGGGAAUGAUACAGGAGGUGACUAAUAAACAUAUACUCAUCAAUAAUAAACCAGUAUUUCUUGAGUGCGUUUGGUAAUUUUUGUCUGCUUUACCUUAGAGACAACCAGUGUCCACGUUUCCUCAUAUAGUUUUCUUGAAUAAAAACAUCAUUACAUGUAUAAUUUCUACUUCUGAUAGUUGAGGUUUUGAGAGUAGUGUAUUAGGUUUGUUUGUAAUUUUUUUUCCACAAAUCUUUUUAAUUACAGUUUCCUUUCAAGAAACACUUACCCAACCUGCAAAACCUCAAGUUUUGGAAACAACCAGUAGCUGGGCUGGAAAUGAUCUAGGAGGUGACUAAGUUACAUAUAUUUUUCAACAAUAUAUAUACCUGCAUUUUGAGUGUUGAGUGUAGUUGCAGAUUCCUGUUAGCUUUUUAACAGAGAAGACCACCGUCCGGGUUCCCUUGUAUAGUUUUGUUGAAUAAAAGACAUUAUUCAUGGAAACUUUUUAUGCCAAGAAUAGUUGAAGAUUUUGAGAGUAGUGUGUUAUGUUUGUUAAUUUUUUUUUCUUCACCCUGAGUAAUCCACUAACUUUAGAGGUUUUAAUGUUAUAUCAUUGUCUACUAACUCAGCUCUUUCUAACACUUCGGAAUUUAAAAUCCAGAUACAUCUGCACCUGCACCAACAAUCAAAAAAGGGAAGGCCAGUCAACCAAAAGACAGCCAAAAGAAGGGUAAGUAACUGAACAUCCAUCAAGUAAGGGAAGGGAAAACUUGAGAGUUUGUGAACAAAAUUUGUCAAACUACAGCUAUUCUAUUAAAUAUCAAGAAAGUAAAUAUACUGUGACAUACUGGCUUGUGUGAUUGGAUAUUAUCCCUGAGAGACGACUUGGUUUUGAUGGCCAGCUAAUGAGAUCUCAUGAGAAGAUAGGCCCUUAAAGUUGGUUGAUUUUAUUUGUUAUAUUGUGGAGUCCAAAGCAUGAAUCAUUUGGUUAUCAAGACUGAGUUACAGUCAGUAAUAGUUCCUUAGAGCUGCAGAUAAAAAGUUCACUACUUUGAAAAUUUAGCCUUGAGAUAGAAGGGGAACAAACUGGUGUAAGGCUAAGUGCAUGUUUUUACUACAUGAACACAUUGCUACCUGCUCUCUCACACAUGGACAUAUGUCAAAGAUAUGCUGCUAGUACUCUGAUAUAUGCUCUCAAAAGCUUUUGAAAAGCAAGUUUUACAUGAGUUGUACAAUGGCAUAGGUUAGUUAUCUUGCCUGUGGUAACAAGGCUUCAUAAGAAGAUUGUCAUGCUUUUAUGGGUAGUUAAUGCAUAUUGCUACUUUCCAAAUUUUAUUUCAGAGUUAACUUUUAAUAUAAUUAUGAAUUACUUUGAAUGAUCCAUUCUGCAUUUGCACAAUUAGAUGCCAAUUAACAAGAAUGUGGUUGAGUGUGCCUGUCUUAGUAAUAAUUUGUUGUACUAACCUUGUCAGGUCUCUUGUCUCUUUCCUGAUAAAGCUUACCUUAGCUUUUACCCUCAAACAACCCUGAAAUGCACUAUUUUCAAAUGCAAUGAGUCUUACAAGACCAUCAGUGAGUUGUAUCAGCUGAAGUAAGUUUUCUUUUUUAAGUAUGUGAGAUAUUGUAAGCACUGAACUCUUGUGAACCUUAUCUAUUCAAGUUUCCAAGAACACCACCACCAAAAAGCAGACAGCUAAAGCUUCAAAGGCAACAAAUAAAAAGGGGAAGAAUGAGAAAGGUAACAACUUUUGAUAUGUCACUUAUGGCUUGUUCCAGGCUCAGUUGGUCAGUGGAGACAAAAAGAGAGCACUGAAGGCUGUUAUUUGCAUGCUUACUUUCCCCCUGCACUGACCAAGAGCCUAGAAAAGGCUAGUUCCUUUUUAAAAAAAUUUAUUUUUAAAUACUGUAAUACUUCAAUGGAAUAAAUUUAUUUAAUCAAUUAGUUAUUUUCUUUAUUCAUUGCAUGUGGGUUCAUGAAGAAGUAAUUGCAGUUUUAAGAUUUAACACCAACUGACUUAAUUAGUUCAGAAAUAGCACGUAGUCAAAUUAUUAGUGCAUGCAUGUCUGUUCUUGGCUUUGUCCUACAUCAUAAAGGAAAAGUUUGUUGGAGGUAUGAUAUUUGAAUAACAAGCACAAUGCUGGCAUUCUUGUGUGAAGACCUCAUUAAAAAAAACACAGAGAUAAUAUUAUUGAUAAUGAAAGGAGCAUUUUCUUUCUUUAGUUAUGUGUAGUUCUUGUGCUUUUUUUUUUAUCACCUAGUUUGAUGUUCUAUUUUUCUAUUCAGCUGUGUGCCAUUAUUUAAUUAUGCUGGACUAUUUUUUAAGGUGCAUCUGAGGAAAUUCCUUCUAAAAAACCAAGAACUCAACCUAUUAAAAGAAAGAGUAGCAAGGAUAAUACAGGGAAAGGUAACUUAUUGAUAUAAUCAAGCAUUAUUGUGUAGUGUAGCUUCAAGUCAGAUUAAAUCCCUGUACAGGAUUUUGUUUAUAUAUUUAAUUAUGUUGCUUCCAGUUUCCUAAAAAAGCAAAUGGGGGGGUGGUUGUAAGACAGGAACCAAUUGUCAACAAGUCAUCAACAGCAUAUAGGAGAAAUCUUUAGCAGACAUGUUUUGCUGACUUAAUGUCGCAUUAUAUUAGAGACAAAGUUUUACAAGUGAUGUGUAGGUAAUUGACUUUGGCUCUCUUUAGGCUUUCUUUCGGCUUUGUUUGGUCAUUUAAUUUUUCCAAACAGACCUAUCAAAGAGCUUUUUAAUCACAUGUACUAGGUUUGCCUUAACAAUCACAUAUCUUUAUAAUCACAGUUACCUGUCAAGAAACACUUACCGAAACUGCAACACCUCAAGCUUUGAAAACAAGCAGUGAUUGGGGGAAUGAUAUUGGAGGUGGCAAAUAUGCAUAUAUUUUAUCAAUAUUAUACCAGCUUUUUUGAGCACAUUUGCAGAUCCCUUUUUGCUUUACUUUAGAGACAACCACUGUCAAUGUUUCCUUAUAUAGUUUUGUUGCAUAAAAGACAUCAUUCCAUGUAUAUUGUAUAGUUUAUAGGUUUGUUUGUUUAUUUAUUUAUUUUUUUUUUUUUCACAAAUCUCUAUAAUUACAAUUUUCUUUCAAGAACCACCCACCAAAACUGCAAAAUGUCAAGUUUUGGAAACAAGCAGUGACUGGGGAAAUGAUAUAGGAGGUGACUAAAUUACUUAUAUUUUCAACAACAUACCUGCAUUUCUUGAGUGCAUUAGCAGAUUCUUGUGAGCUUUACACCAGAGAAGACUACCAUUCAGGUUCCUUUACAUAGUUUUGUUGGAUUAAAAAAAAUAAUUUCAUGUAUACUUUUUAUACCUACAAUAGUUGAAGGUUUUGAGAGUAGUGUAUUGUUUGUGUAUUUUUUUCGUCUUCUUGAGUAAUCCAUUAACUUUAGAGGUUUUAAUGUUAUGUUAUUGUCUACUAACUCAGCUCCUUCUAACACUUCUGAAUUUGAAAUCCAGAUGCAUCUGCACCUGCACCAACAGUCAAAAAAGGGAAGGCUAGUGAACCAAAACAAAGCCAAAAGAAGGGUAAGUAACUGAACAUCCAUCAAGUAAGGGAAGGGAAAACUUGAGAGUUUGUGAACAAAAUUUGUCAAAUUAUGGCUAUUCUGUUGAAUAUAAAGAAGUAAAAAUACUUUGACUUACUGGCUUGUGUAAUUAAAUAUUAUCCCUGAGAGACAACUUGGUUUUGAUGGCCAUCUAAUGAGAUCUCAGGAGAAGUUAGGCCCUAAAGUUGGUUGAUUUCAUUUGUUACAUUGAGGAGUCUAAAGCAUGAAUCAUUUGUAAUAGUUCCAAGAGCUACAGAUAAAAGCUUCACCACUUUGGAAAUUUAGCCUUGAGAUAGAAGGGGAACAAACUGGUGUAAGGCUAAUUAAGUGCAUGUUUGUGCUACAUGUACGCAUAGCUUCCUGGUCUCUCAUGCCAAGACCCAUGUCAAAGAUAUGCUCUCAAAAGCUUUCAAAAAGCAAGUUUUACAUGAGUUGUUAUGGCAUAAGUUAGUUAUCUUGCUUAUGGCACAAGGGCUCUUUAAGAAGAUUAUCAUGCAUUUGUGGGUAGUUAAUGCAUAGUGCUAAUUUCCAGAUUUUAAUUCAGAAUUAUCUUCUAAUAUAAUUGCAGAGUACUUUGAAUGAUCCAUUUUGUAUUUGCAAAAUUAGAUGCCAAUGAACAAGAAUGUGGUUGAGGGUGCCUUUCUUAGUAAUAAUUUGUUAUACUAACCUUACCAGGUUUCUUGUGUCUUUUGUGACAAAGCUAACCUAGUUUUUACCUUCAAACAACCCUGAAAUGGACUAUUCUCAAACACAAUGAGCCUUACAAGACCAUCAAUGAGUUGUAUCAAGUUAGUUUUCUUUUUAAACAUGUGAGAUAUUGUAAGCACUGAACUCUUGUGAACCUUAUCUAUUCAAGUCUCCAAGAACACCACCACCAAAAAGCAGACAGCUAAAGCCUCCAAUACAACAAAUAAAAAGGAAAAGAAUGAGAAAGGUAACAAUUUUUGAUUUAUUCCUUUAUGGCUUGUUCCAGGCUCAAUGGUCAGUGGAGACAAAAAGAGAGCACUCAAGGCUGCUCUAUGCAUGCUUACUUUCCCCCUGCACUGACCAAGUGCCUGGAAAAGGCUAGUUCGUUUUUUAAAAAUUAUAGUUUUUAAAUACUGUAAUACUUCAAUAGAAUAAAUUAAUAUAUGAGUUAUCUUCUUUAUUCAUUGCAUGUGGGUUCAUGAAGAAGUAACACCAACUGACUUAGCACAGUCAAAUUAUAAAUUCAUGCAUGCUGCUACUUGUUUCACAUCCUGAAGGAAAAGUUUGUUGGAGUUAUGACAUUUGAAUAACAAGCAUAAAAAAAUAAGGAGAUAAUGUUAUUGAUAAUGAGAGGAGUAGUUUCUUUAAUUCUGUGUAGUUUUGGUUUUUGUGUUUUCUUUUUUUUACCUAGUUUGAUAUUCUGUUUUUAUAUUUGAAUGUGUGCCAUAAUUUAAUAAUGCUGAAUUAUUUUUUAAGGUGCAUCUGAGGAAAUUCCUGCUAAAAAUCCAAGAACUCAACCUAAUAAAAAAAAGAGUAGCAAGGAUAAUACAGGGAAAGGUAACUUAUUGAUAAAAAUAAGCAUUAUUAUAUAGUGUAGUUUCAAGUCAGAUUAAAUCCUUGUAUAGGAUCUUGUUAAUAUAUAUAAUUCUGUUGCUUUCAGAUUCCUUAAAAAUGCAAAUGGGAAGGGGGUAGUUUUAAGACAGGAACCAAUUAUCAACAAGUCAUCAGCAGCAUAUAGGAAAAAUCUUUAGCAGACAUGUUUUGCUUAAUUACUUAUGUUGUAUUAUAUUAGAGACAAAGUUUUACAACUGAUGUAUGGGUAAUUGACUUUGGCUUUCUCUUGGCUAUGUUUGGUGUUCUGUAAAAGCUGUGAGAGAAGUUGUCAUUAUUUUUAAACAGACAAAUCCAAGAGCUUUUUAAUCAAUUGUACUAGUUUUGCCCUAACUACCACAAAUCUCUAUAACUACAGUUACCUGUCAAGAAACACACACCAACAUUGCAAAACCUCAAGUUUUGGAAAUGAGCAGUGACUGGAAGAAUGAUACAGGAGGUGACUAACUUACAUAUAUAUAUAUUUCAUUAAUAUAACUACAUUUCUUGAGUGCAUUUGCAGAUUCUUGUUUGCUUUACUUCAGAGACAUCCACGGUCUGGGCGGUCUGGUAGAAGAAGAAACAUAAUUACAUGUAUAGAUUCUACUUAUGAUAGUUGAAGGUUUUGAGACUAGUGUAUUGGGUUUGUUUAUUUGUUUAUUUUUUUUUUUUUUCCACAAAUCUUUAUAAUGACAGUUACCCAUCAAGAGACAAUCACCAAAACUGCAAGACCCCAAGCUUUGAAAACAAGCGGUGACUGGGAGAAUGAUAAAGGAGGUGACUAAUGCAACUGUAUUUUUCAAUAAUAUACCUGCAUUUCUUGAGUGCAUUUGCUGAUUCUUGUUGGCUUAAUUACAUAUAAGACCACUUUCCUGGUUCCCUUAUAUAGUUUUAUUGAAUAAAAAACAUCAUUUCAUGUACAGUUUGUACUCACAACAGUGAAAGGUUUUGAGAGUGGUGUGUUAGGUUUGUUUGUUAAUUUUUUUUCUCUCAAAGUAAUCCAACAACCUAAGGGGUAUUAUUGUUAUAUUAUUGUCUACUACCUCAACUCUUUCUAACACUUUUGAAUUUAAAAUCCAGAUGCAUCUGCACCAACAGUUAGCAAUAAAAAAGGGAAGGCUAGUGAACCAAAACACGGCAAAAAGAAGAGUAAGUAAUAGAACAUCUAUUUAGUAAGGGAAGGACAAAAUUCGUCUGUUGAAUAUCAAGAAAUUAAAAAUAUCGUGACUUACUGGCUUGUGUGAUUAUAUAUUAUCCCUGAGAGAUAACUUGGCUCUGACGACCAGCUAAUCGGAGAUCUCGUGAGUAGAUAGGCCAUAAAGCUGGUUGAUUUCAUUUGUUAUAUUGUGGGAAAGGAGUAUGGAGUAUUCUCGUUGGAGCUUGAGUUUACCAGUAAUUUUGGGGCUAGAUUGUCAGACAAAUGAUUCAUAGUCUUUUUAUAGUUAAACAGGGCACACCAAAGAUGGCUGAGUUAGAAGGAUUGGGUAUAGAUAUUGGUGACAAGUGGAAAACUCUGGGAAGACGCUUAAAAGUAUCAGAGCAACUCGAAAUAAUCGAUGCGCGAUAUAAUACUCUUUCUGAAAAAGCCUUCCAGAUGCUUCAAUACUGGACCCAGAAAAGAGGUUCCUCUGCGACCUACAGAGUUCUAAGUGGUGCCUUAAAAGACGGUCUUUUAGUACGUAAAGACUUGUCAGAAAAGUACUGUUAUGGUUGACAGUUGACAUAACAAAUAUUUUCUUGUCUUUUAACUCUGAUUUACGUGGGAGUGAGCGGUUUAGUAUGUACUUUCUUUGCUCUAUUUUCUUGUUCUUUCAGUUACACAUGUCACUUUCGUCGAAAUGUUUAAAAUGUACGUCCAAACUUAUGACAGUUCUUUCACAAACAAAACAGCUGCUUAAGAGUCAGAGUUUUGUAACAGCAAACUAAAUACAGUAAGCAAGAGUAUUGUUUCGUGGUCGAAUCUCAGAGUAGAAUUUUAGAAUUUCAAACUGAUCGCUCAACAUACAGGUAGCGAUUAUUUUUAAAGGAUCAGACUGAAACAGAAAGGGCGAUUUGCCGAUUUUUUUUUUAUUCUUGGGGUAUUGUCUAGUUGGUAGGUUACUAUCAAAUUUUCAACUUAAUUUUAAUUUUUUUAGAACGGCGUUUUUGUCUCUUUUUCAUGCUGAGCACCAGUAGAUUUAGACCGUCAGUAGUACUAAACAAGUUAACUGGUAUAUCGUAUGAAUAGCUUGUUGAUAAAUGUAAUUAUUUUAGACUUUUUUUUAGGUCAUUAUUACAUUUCUGCGGGUGAAUUGUUGUAAUUUACGAAAUUACCAAGAAAUUGUAAUUUUUACACCCCGUUAUUAAUGUGUUAAUAGAGAAUUCCUCCCAAAAAAGUGUUAGAGAAAUAUUUGGUAAGGAUGGCAGUUAUUUUAUCUUCAUGUUAAGUCAUAAAUUUUGUCCGUUAAAGCUAUAGAAGGUUGGAUAGGAUUAUUUUUAUGGAUCUAGGUAAAUACAAAGUUUGUGAUAUUGCACACCUUUUAAAUUAUGGAUUUGGUGUUAAGUCAAAUUAUUUUUCUUAGAUACCUAGUGUCGUAAAUUGUAAAUUACAAUUAUCCGUAAUAAAAUACGUUUAACGUAUUGAAACUCACAGCAAG